AUGCAGUCAAACGUCGGAAACCCCCAGGUGUACGAGGCCGGUGACCAGCGCAACGCCAAGACCACCGAGACAGGCUCAGGAACCCGCUACCAUGAGGGGACAGCAAAUGCGCACCUCCAAAACGACCCGAAGGAUCAAAGAUCACUCUCCAACCGGGCAGCCGCUGAGGUAUCCGAGGAACAACAAGAGGAAUCUCGUGAGACAUCACUACACAAACAAGACCCAACGCUCCCGGCCAAGGCGCACGGGAACGAGCCGUCAAAAGGCGCCAAGAUCGACGCCGAGCUGCAGGCCGAGGAGGAGGCGACGCUGAAAAAGAAGGGCGAGAACAUGCCCGGGAAGAAAAUGUAA